GCGGUUCUACCCAGGACCUCCCCAGAGCCGGGAUUUUCUCUGCACCCGGCAUCCACCGCUCCCGCACCAAUAAAGCUUUAUCGACAGAGCGGAAGCUAGGUGCCGCUCUCUCACCUCCUUCGGUCGGGAAACGGAAGCAGGCCAUAGCCGGCCGGAACCCGCCUCUCGAGAGCGGAAGUGCGGCCGGAAACUGGCCAUAGAAGCGCGUGGCUAGAGCGACCCUGCGGGGAGGUGGCAGGAAAGGCUGGGAGCCGCUGCCGGAGGUGACGGAGCGGCCGCCCCGCCCCGCGCGCUGGAAGACGAGGCUUCCAGGUAGCGGUCGGUCGCAGUCUGUCCCAGGGUACGACCCGGCCUUGGGCACAGAUUCGCGGACCGGGGGCUGCCUCUUUAAGGGAGGGGGUGGAGCCACGAGUGAGGAUCGAAAAGCUCCAGAAAACUUGAGGCCAGAGCCCCGCACCACGGUGCAGCCAUGAGUGCGGAGGUGAAGGUGACAGGGCAGAACCAGGAGCAAUUUCUGCUCCUUGCCAAGUCGGCUAAGGGGGCAGCACUGGCCACACUCAUCCACCAGGUGCUGGAGGCCCCUGGUGUCUACGUGUUUGGGGAACUGCUGGAUAUGCCUAAUGUUAGAGAGCUGGCAGACAGCGACUUUGCCUCCACGUUCCGGCUGCUCACCGUGUUUGCCUAUGGGACCUAUGCUGACUACUUAGCUGAAGCCAGGAACCUCCCCCCACUUACUGAGGCUCAGAAGAACAAGCUUCGACAUCUGUCAGUUGUCACUCUGGCUGCCAAAGUCAAGUGUAUCCCAUAUGCAGUGUUGCUGGAGGCUCUCGCCCUUCGUAACGUGCGCCAGCUGGAAGAUCUCGUGAUCGAGGCCGUGUAUGCUGAUGUCCUUCGUGGAUCUCUGGACCAGCGCAAUCAGCGGCUAGAGGUUGACUACAGCAUUGGACGGGACAUCCAGCGCCAGGACCUCAGCGCCAUCGCCCAAACCCUGCAAGAGUGGUGCGUAGGCUGUGAGGUUGUGCUGUCAGGCAUUGAAGAGCAAGUCAGCCGAGCCAACCUGCACAAGGAGCAGCAGCUGGGCCUGAAGCAGCAGAUCGAGAGUGAGGUUGCCAACCUUAAGAAAACCAUUAAAGUUACAACAGCGGCCGCUGCUGCCGCCACUUCCCAGGACCCUGAGCAACACCUGACAGAACUGAGAGAACCAGCUCCUGGUACCAACCAGCGCCAGCCCAGCAAGAAAGCCUCAAAGGGCAAGGGACUCCGAGGGAGCGCCAAGAUUUGGUCCAAGUCGAACUGAAAGGACUUGUUUCUUCCCUGGGAAUGUGGGGUCCCAGCUGCCUACCUGCCUAGCCCUUAGGAGUCCUCAGAGAGCCUUCCUGUGCCCCUGGCCAGCUGAUAAUGCUAGCUCAUGACUUCCAUCUCCUCCACCCCCAAGCAUAACCACAUCCUCUGUGGGGAGGAGGCCAGUACAGGUCAUGCUAUGUUGGUACUUCUUACGUGUCCCAUCCUCCUCCCCACCACGCUUGCCCCCAUUGUUCUUCAGCACUGUGUCUCCCAUGACCCCCGGCAUUGAGCAGGCUGGCAGUCCUACAGAGGGUGCUGGCUCUCUCCCCACUACCCACACCUACCCCUGCAUGCCUAACCUGCAGCUCCUCCUCCUGCCUAGUGGGCUGCAUCUGAAAAGCCAUGGGGAAGGGGGUCUCCUCCUCAUCCCAGCCUUAGAGUUCUGGAGUCAGUCUGCUACCCUGGGAGUCGCUGGACAUUUUCCUCCCAGAACCCCAUCACACUACAUUGUCUCUUGUCCUCUCUCAUCUCCUUGGGCCUGGGGAUACUGUUGCUCCAGUGACCCCAGAGCCUGAGAACAACUAUUUCUGAGAUGUUAAGAAAUGGUUCUUGGUUAGCUAAUCAUCUUAGGAAACGCAAUGGAAAUCCUGCCAGAACUUAUAUCUCCUGUGGUUUUGGUGGGGAAGGAAAUAUAGAUUGUAUAUUAAAAAUAAAAAGUAUAUAUGAAUAGGUCUAUAUAUAACAUGACACAGAAAUAAAUCUAUGAGAAAUCUAUGUACAAAAAUGCCAGGAACUGGGCCUCUUCUGUCUUUGAUGUUUGUUAACAGGGAGAAGAUAAAUCCCCAGUCCACUGUAAAGCCAAGUGCCAAGUGAAAAGAACCAGAUACUUUGCAGACUCUGGGCCUAGCAGCUAGGAGGCCUAGACCCUGGACAGAUUGCUCCAUCCCUCAGGCCAUUGUCAGCAGUAACGAACCGUCAUGUCCUAACAAUGGAGAUGCAGACUGACCGUCACUGUCCCUGCAAGGACCUCCAGUGUAGUCUGCUUCCUUUCACCUCCGAGAAUCACAAGGGAGGUGAUGGUAGUGAACCUGACUUUUCACAUUGAAAGCACAUAAAACUAUUAGAUUUGUUGGUCUCUG